AUGAGGCUUCUCCAUGUUGCAGCCUUGCUCGAGUCUGGCCGGCUAGAGCUCGAGGAGUUCAUCGGAUCUGAUGUGCCGAGCUAUGCCAUUCUAUCCCAUACCUGGGGGCACGAUGAGGUUUUGUACAGCGAUAUCGCAUCCGGGAGAGCACAUACGGAACACGUCUGGAUUGACACCUGCUGCAUUAAUAAGUCCAGCAGUGCUGAGCUACAAGAAGCCAUCAAUUCCAUGUACAGAGCCGAAACAUGCUAUGUCUAUCUUAAGGACGUCAACACUCCAACUCACGUGGAUUUUGACAUAUUCCGUUGUCAGUUUCGCAGCAGCAGAUGGUUCUCACGAGGCUGGACUUUGCAAGAGUCGUUGGUACCAAGAAGCGUUCAAUUCUUCGUUUCGUCUGGGAAACCUUUGUGGCCUUUUUCUACAACAAGUGCGCACGAUGAUCGGCGUUCACUUGUGGCUGAGAUAACCAGCGCUACGAACUUUGCCGAGGAUAUCAUAGCUGCUGGGCCUGGAGUCAUUCACGAGCGAAGUAUCGCAACACGUAUGAGCUGGGCUGCCACCAGAAUCACGACUCGCGAGGAAGACAUUGCGUACAGUCUGCUCGGGAUCUUUAAUGUCAACAUGCCUUUGUUGUACGGAGAGGGCCGCAAAGCAUUUCGCAGACUCCAGCAGACACUACUAGACCAGUCUGACGAUUCCUCCAUCUUCUGCUGGACCAGCAGCGCACGAGAAGAGCGCGCGGGCCGAAUCCAGCUCUCAGGACUGUUAGCUGACGAGCCUUCGCACUUCAGCUCGAUUGCUCCAACCAUCAUGGCUGCGCGUCCUCAAAAUUGUGCACAGGCACAGCCUUAUUCAAUGACCAAUAAAGGACUCCAGAUUACCCUGCCAUUGAUUCAAUUCUCUCGCAAUAUUUACCUCGGGCUGCUCGACUGUCGCUUGGUAGGACGAGGUGGUGCUACUCAUCGAGCUGCUAUCUAUAUUAUCCGCCUGCUGUCCGGUACGAAUCAGUUCGCAAGAUUACUCCCAGACAUGGUGGUACCUGCAUCAGCCGCCAUCGAUACAUCUAGUUUGAAGGUCGAGACUAUACUUGUGCGGCAAGGCUCGGGGCCUCGUGUACAUUCUCUGACACAGGAGGAUCUGCCUAGUUUUUUUACCGGCAAUGCUCGGAGCUGA